CCUUUCCUCUCCUUCUCGACUCGUCCGCCCUUGUUCUCCUUCCUCGUUACCUAUUCAUAUGUACUCAUCUCAGUCUUCAUCGCCAUCUCAUACUUAAUAUACCUCUUUUACCUCCUUCUGAUCUCUAAUUGAUCUUCCCGCCUGGUACAGCCAAGAUUUAGACGUCAAAUAUUACAGCCAUACUCUUCAAAUAGUCCUGAUUUCACUACGGAUUUACGCUCCUCCUAGAUACACAAGUCGACUAAUCAUACGUCCCUAAUAUCUGAUCUACCAACACAAAAAUGACAAUUCAGUACCGUACCCCAGAGAUGCCAAAUCAUGGAGAGAGCUUGGAAAGCCUUAUACACAAGAUUCGACAGACAAAGCACAUUUUGGACAUGCAGUUCUCCAAUCCGACUGGCGGACGACCACUGGGAGCGGGGUGGAGUGAUCCCACCUUCGAUCCAAAGCUUCAUCUAUCACUAGAUCAGCAGCCUGAAUCGAAGUACACCUUCGAAGAACUUGGAAUCCAGCAGCCGGGCUCUGCUACUUCAGCGGUUGCCGCUACUUCAACGUUUCCGCUUUUCACCCCCGAGUCGAUUCCUCUCAUACGCAAAGCUCUCCUCAAUCCACGAUAUCUUGAUGAAACCGCCGCUAUCUUUGGUUCCAAGACAUUGAUAGUUCGUAACACUGCCGCUUACUCUCCUUUCUUUCGCCGUAUGUGGAGUCAUCCAUCCGUCGUCCACAAACUCUCACAGGCUGCCGGCGUUUCCCUCGAACCUGUAAUGGAAACCAUGGAACUCGGCCAUGCAAAUAUUCAGUUCGAUUUUGCUAGCUGCGCUGGCAUGACGAGGGAAGAGACGUUGAACAACGUGGCUCAUCAGUUGACCUCCGGGCGGUUCGCGAUUCCUGGAACAACCCAAGCCAAAGAUAGCAGAUCGUCAGGAGAAAUCGACAAAGCUGCUGCUAAGAAGAGUUUGAUACCUUGGCACUUCGAUUCUUACCCUUGGGUAUGCGUCGCCAUGGUGAGUGACACUUCAGACAUGGUCGGUGGAGAAACCGUCAUUCGAUGCGGCGAUAAUCGGCUCGUUGGGAUUGCACAACCCGGUAUGGGAAGUGCCAUGAUGCUGCAAGGUGGUCUCGUGAAGCAUCUGGCAUUGCCCGCCACAUCUCUCCUCGACGAUCGAAUCACUAUCGUCACAUCGUAUCGAGCCAAGGCCAUUGGCAUUUACGAUUCAUCGUUCAUGAGCAACAUCCGUGUUUAUUCGGAUCUCCAGGAGCUCUAUCGUCAAUGGGUAGAUUACCGCCUCAACCGUUUGGAACCCGGAAUAAAGAGCCUCCAGGACAAACGACGACACGUCAAAACCUUUGAUGAACAAGAUCUACAAGAAGAAGCCGAGGAACGAAUAGUCCUCAAGGAAUACGCUAAGCGCACCUUGAGACAGAUGGUUCCCGAAUCGAUUGUGCAUCCCCUUGUCGAUCGCCUGGGUUGCGCCCUGUUCUAUGAUGCUCGAGACGACUAUGUCAGUGGCAUCUUGUUCGAAGGUCCUCCGAGGCCUUGCCAACUUUGCAAAAUUCCUGGGGCUGUAAUCGAAAAGGUUCACCUUACUGUGUGCCUUGAGAGAUACACCUGGAGACCAGAUAGUCCCCUCUGGAGCGAUUGCUACGAUACCAGCAUCGUUUUGAAGGAGAAUGGGCUCGAAGCCCAGAAGCGCAUGGAAGAGUUGCAGGUCAAAGAAGUCUUCAACAAAUGGAAGUCUGAAUGCAGACCGUGGGGAAUCGUCGAUGAGUUUGCAGUGCAAGGAUUGGGAGAAUAUAUCCUGGAAUUUCUGGAGCUGUGUGGGUUUGAAUUUUAGGUGCUCUCGAAGUUGUUUUCUUAAUCUCUGCCUUUUCCUCCUUUGUUUAAUGAACUUUCUAUUUGAUGUCUAGGAGGGUCUUUUUCUGUUUUAAUUUGCCGCUCGGAUCUGAUUUUCUUGAAAGUGAAGGCCGAUGGAGUAGGGUGUAUUUAUUUUUGGUGAUCUUCAACGGGCUGGAGAUUUCUCUGAUAUGGUGUGAGGAGUUCUCUUUCAUGUAUAUUUGUCAGUUAUAUAAAUUUUGAUGUGUAUGUAUGAGUGUACGCAUACAUGCCUUACAAACUGGAGAGCGAAUUUUUUUUUGCAGCUCUGCCGGUAUGCGGAAAACAUCAGCAA